GCCAAUGAUGAGUCAGAGUGUUUGGUGCUGAUGUUGCUGCCAUUUCAUCAGCUCUGUGAUCCCCAGCAUCCCCUAUUCGCCAGCUCUCCAUCUUUACAACCCUGGGCAUCUCUGCGACUAAAGUCCACACUGGAGGAAGGGCUACAAUUCUUCUGGCUGCAGGGAAAUGAAACCUCUUCUCUGGAGCUAGUCAGGUGCCCUUGAGGACCAUCCCCUUGGCCAGCCACUGCCAAGUUCUUUUCAGUGAAUUACAAACGCAUUUCUCUGCAAUUGCAAAAGGAAAUACGGAUCAGUAGCAAAAUGCAUGUCGGAUCCUGAUUUAAAAAGCAAAACAACAAGCUGGCGAAGGGGGAAAUCUAGACUGGCUUGGGGCAAAAUGGAGACCAUCUGACCUUUGCAUUUCCAGCAGAGACAUCUUGCAUGUGUGUUGCAGAACUGGAGGCAGAGGGAGGGGGGGGGUGCAUUCCUGCUACCCGCCUCUCCCCCAAGAAGAUUUCCCAGCAGCCAGAAACCAUGACUGGACAGGGGAAGACGGAUCCCAUGCAUUCUGAAGGCAUCCCUGAUCUCCACCUUCCACGCAGACCUGCCCUUGUAGCGCUUGUAUUUCUCUCCUAAAUCAGAGCUCCAGAACCCAGCAGCAGCGGUGAGACUGGGCCGCCCUCUGGUGGGCAGUGCGGGCGAGGCAGCGCGCCCUCUGGUGGGCAGUGUCCCUCCAGCGCCCUCUGCUGGGUGCCUCCCUUGGACCCGGCUGCAGGACUGGGAGCAGAACCGCGGGGCACCUGCUGGCCGCAGAGCCUCCAUCGCAUCCGCUCCGGGCUCGGCAUGGGCUGUGAGGUGCGUGCCUUGUGCUAGGCGCUUGGCAGAGGCUGCAUUGCACCGGGCGAGGCCAGAGCGGGGCGAGCCGCGGGGGGGAGCAUGGAAGCGAUUUGGCUUUACCAGUUCCGCCUGAUCGUGAUCGGAGACUCCACUGUGGGCAAAUCCUGCCUGAUCCGCCGCUUCACCGAGGGGCGCUUCGCCCAGGUCUCGGACCCCACGGUGGGCGUGGAUUUCUUCUCGCGGCUGGUGGAGAUCGAGCCGGGGAAGAGGAUCAAGCUGCAGAUCUGGGACACGGCCGGGCAGGAGCGAUUCAGAUCCAUCACCAGAGCCUACUACAGAAACUCAGUAGGCGGGCUCCUCUUAUUUGACAUUACAAACCGCAGGUCCUUCCAGAACGUCCAUGAGUGGCUCGAAGAGACAAAGGUGCACGUCCAGCCAUACCAGAUUGUCUUUGUUUUGGUAGGUCACAAAUGCGACCUUGACACACAGCGGCAAGUCACUAGACACGAGGCUGAGAAACUAGCUGCUGCAUACGGCAUGAAGUACAUUGAGACAUCUGCUCGGGAUGCCAUUAACGUGGAGAAGGCCUUCACCGACCUGACUCGAGAUAUAUAUGAGCUUGUUAAAAGGGGGGAAAUUUCGAUCCAGGAAGGCUGGGAAGGGGUAAAGAGUGGGUUUGUACCGAACGUAGUGCACUCUUCAGAAGAGGUGGUGAAAUCAGAUAGGAGAUGCUUGUGCUAAUCACUUCUAGUGAGAAAAGCUAUGAUGAACUCUACUAAUCAAACAUACUCUACUAAGUGAACUCAGUGUGACGGAAAGGGAUUGUAACUCUAGCAUGGUGAAUGGCCUCACACGUUGUUUUGGACACCAGAGGAACAGAACCAGGAAAGCAAUGGUCCGUUCCAAAUAACCUCUUUCAGAAUUGGGGGGGCUACAAACCUAUGUGAGAAUGAACAAAGGUGCAUGUUUAUGUUGUAGGAGACAGGAGGCAUAAGAACAAGAGAGGAUCUGAAUGAGCUGGUACAGAACAGGGAAUUUUACAUGUACUGUUUUUGUGUGCCAUGUGUUGAAGCCACAGUCUGAAAAGUCUAUUAAUACAAUACACAUGAGAGGAGAGAGAAAAUCUUGGUUUGCAUCAACAAUUUAUUUCCAGGAAGAUUAGAAUAUAGCGUGGUUGCCAUUCAUGAAUGUUACUUCCAGGGUUAACUCAAAAGAAAUAUAUUUUACAGAUAUGGCACACACACUUUUGGGGCUUCAUGUUCUUGUACCUCGUUAAAACAUAGACUAAGACUAUAGUAUGGUACUUUAACAGGAAAAUAAGGGUUAUUUUAUUGAUAACUAAAACUUAACCAUCACCAUCCCCCUGAAGAGGGGUGUUUUCCUUGCCCUGCCUAGCUGAGACUAAGGGCUAAGUCCAGCAUGACAGCUCCAAUUAUAAUUAUCAGAUGACUUUAUAAAUACUUAUUAUCUCUCUCCAUGAUUUUAGUAGAAGUACCUCGACUAUAUGGAUUUCCAAUAUAAUUAACAGAUCAUGAGUAUAAAGCUUCCUAAGUGUAUCCUCACAUCCAGUAUCUCACAGCUGGGUCAAGGUAACCAGUGAUUAGCAGCCAGGUGGGGAAUGCAGAUAUUUCUGUCUUACUGUCAGAAGUAGGGUGAUGUUGGCAGCAUUUCAGUGUAAACUUACAUUGCUCCUUAGGAAAAAAGGAAAGAACAAAAGAAAACUAAAAAGAUUUAAAGCAAGAGCAUCAUACAUCCCUGAAGGUGGAGUUUUCUUUUAAAGAACAAGGGAAAGAGCUGGGUCCAGUACUGAAAGCAGGGGCUAGGGGCAGCAGUCUCUGCUCUUAUUGUGUUGCUUUCUUUACUGGCAUCUGGGGAAGAAGAGAAAUAGGAAGUGGAAGGAGGGGUAUAGAGCUAAAGUGUCUGAGAGGGUGAAAAGGGAAGAAGAGAGAAGCAUAGGAGAAAAAGUCUUCUCUUUGUUUUAUUUAUAUUCUACCCAAGAUGGGGCCUACACUGGGCAGGUAGCUGACUUUAAAAGGCUAUAAUUAAAUGUCUGUUUUCUGGGAACACCAUCUACCAUUUCAGCUUUGCUUCGUGUAAGUACUGUAUUAACUAAAGCUUUUGGAAUGCAGAAGGGUAACAAUGCGCCUGCAUUGUGCCGAGGAGGAUCAACAUGUUAGCAAAACGUAAAGUGACAUUUAUUCAAGUUUGUGAGUUUUACAAGCCAAACUGUUAAUUUGGUUAUGAGGGAUUAGGCAAACCACAUAAGAGAUCCAGCAUUUGAAUACAGGCCUCCAGGUAGACAAGAAUAAAGUACUUCUAAUUGCUCCUCUAAGGUACCAUGUUCCAUAAGAGUAUGAUUUCUGACAAGUUGAAUCUGUCUCUCUUCAGAUCCGUUCUUGUAGUUUGUACUAUUUGAGCCCAAUAGUAUCAUAAAAAUAACAAGACCAUUGCUUAAGUAUAAAAGCUGUAAACAAAUUAAAAUGAAUAAUAUUUUACCUUUAAAUUUUCUAGUAACAUUUGCAAUCCUUGAGCUCAGCAGGUGAGAGCCAACAUGGUAUGCCACUGUGAAUUCAUAGCCAGCGAACGUAGAUCUAGAGGAUAUUGAAAUGGGGGUUGGCUGUGGGAAAUGAUACAGCCUUUUACUUCUGAAUACCAAUGGUCAAUCUUGAUUAGGUCAUAACUGUACUCAGUUUGCUGACCUAACUCUAAGACCCCCAUUCAAAGUGGUCUCAGAUUUUCUUAGUUUAAACAACAAUCUGUCUUAAAUAUAGAGACUUUGGUUUAAUCAAGUAAUACUCUGUGAACAUCGAAGGAAGUAAAACUUUUGGGGCCUAUCAUGUUUCCUGUAUCAAAGUCUCAUGAGCCAGCAUAGCAGGAUCUCACUAAUGGGGAAAAUGAUUGAGCUUUUCACUGCAUUUCCUUUUCUUUUUUUGUUUAAAUGAUAAAAAAAAUCUACAUUUCGGUAAGUGGGGUUGGGUUUUUAGUAUUUAAAUAUAAAAUUUAGAAAAGUCAUAAAAAAGCUUGUCCAGGCUUUGAGUAAGCCUUGAAUUUGUAUUGUAAGUAUAGUUCAAAAAAGGUACAGUCUGAGGACAAAAAUCUGUGCUAUCUGAAACUAACUACUUAAAAAUAAUGAAACAAAAGGAAAUGGUUAAUAUUGAAUAAAAGAGCAUUGUGUUCACCUGUUUUCUAAUUCCUUGCAUUUUCUAGGCAGCUUAUAAAAACAAUAGACAACGUAAUACAGUCAUGUGUACAAGUCUGGGCUGUUUUUUCUUUUUCUGAAAUGAAAAACCUUAUAGGCUUUGAUAAACAUUCUUUUCUAACAACUGGUUUUAGUGCUUUGACUACUGCAAGAGGCAUUAGAGAAAUCAGAUGGUGGUAUCAUUCAAAAGAAACAUCCAGGAGUUUUUACUCUAGGACAAAGGAAAACAAAAACUUUUUGUGGCACAGGUCACAGAUUUAAAACAAUCUGCAUGUUGGACUGGAAUUUCGCAGAACCUCCAGAAUAAAGUAUACUGUACACUUUUCCUUGCUUUCUGUUAUGCACUGUAAUGAAAUGUGGAAAAAAAAACCCUCGCUGUAUUUAGCUGUAUGUGAAUGAAACAUGCUUGUAUUUAGCAAAAUUGUUAAUGUGAUUAUGUGAAAUUCAAAUCUUGUAAAGAAAAACUUGUGUUUUUUUCCUUCCCCCGCACUCCCAUUCUUCAUCAGUAAGCCAUCUAGUAACUCCGUACUUCUACACAGCAACCAGGACUGAAAAUCCAAUACAAAAUAAUAAACAACAUGCACUCUGUUUACAACAAA